AUGAAUGCCAGUCUGGCGUUCCAGAGCUCCUCCUACAACUUCAGCCUGAAAGAGAACCAGAAUUCGGGGGCCUUCGUGGGGCAGGUCCAAGCCUCCGCAGGAAGCAACCUGUACAACGUUUCCUACGAACUGAGAACACACAAAGACCUGUUCUCCAUCGACAGCGAUGGCUCCAUCGUUUCCACAAAAGAGCUGGACAAGGAGGAGCAGGAGUGGUACAUCCUGGAUGUGGAGGCUGUGACCACAUGGACGCCUCCUACCUCAGCAGUGGCCAUGGUCAGAAUUCAGGUGGAGGAUGUAAACGAGCCUCCAGCGUUCUCCUCAGACGAUUAUGAAGCCUCUGUGUUCAGCAUCGCCCCGUACAAAAUCCCAGUCAUCCAAGUGAAGGCCUCAGACCCUGAUGUCGGAGACAACAGUCGUCUGGUCUACAGUCUUCCAGGAGGAAACUCCUCCUUUGACGUGGAACCGGCUUCAGGUCUGCUGUAUGUGGUGUCAGUAGCAGAUCUGGGUGGAAAAACCGUCUCAAUGGAGGUGAAGGCCACAGAUCCUGAUGGACUUUCUGAUACAACCACAGUAAAGGUUGUGGUUCAGGGCAGCGCCAGCAGCAGAGAUGUGACAAUAAUUUCUCUGAAUAAGCCAGAAAACAUUGUGGAGCAGAACAUUCCAGAUUUAGAGGAGGCUUUAGGUAAAGCACUGGGCUGGACGGUGAACAUAAUCCAGGUUUCAAGCUCUGGUGGAGAAGAAAGCCGAACGCUGAGGGAAUCGGUCAAGACUCUGGUCAGCUUCGUCACUUUCGAUGGCGAUAAAGUUGUUAAACCUCAGGAAGUCACAAAGAAACUGCAGAGCCAGUCUGAAGAGGUGAGAGCGGAGCUGGACAAGGUGUUGGGGAACGAUGUUCAGUUUGGAGUGGAGACGGGAAAAGAUCCUCCAGGCAUCAGCUCAGGCCAGACUGCAGGCAUCGUUGUGGGAGUUUUGGUUGGCCUGGUUUUAGUGGGACUGGCUGGUUUUGUAGUUACCAGGUGAGCCUCAGACAAC